CUUCGGAUCAGACAUCGUCAGCGUCGCUCUCUCGUCGGCCAUACAAGUAAAGAUUUGGGGGUGAAGCAAAUACUAUGUCGGAACAGAAACUUUCCCCUGCAUUUUGAUUCUGAGUCACAAUCUUGAUUGAACGAAGACAUGAGGUUUACUGUAAUUUCCAGAUUGCUUCCUCGUAGCUGCACUUGGCCCAGUACGUAUGCAGUUGGGAAUUGUCGUGCAUUCCAACCUGAUUUUGUACCCAGAUAUACAAAGGCCAAGCGAAAAAAGUGCAAAAUUCCUCAAUUUUAUGAUCCAUAUGGCCCCAGACCUACUUCCUCAGAGAAAGCUCUUCAGCUUGCGGAGCGAAUUGCGGCACUGCUUGAGAAAGCACGCCGUCAGAUUAGGCCUACUUUGGCAGAGAGACCAAGGCUUCCAAAGUUGCAGCCAAUUUCAACAGAAGGCAUGGACUUGGCUCCACAAGAUGGUGCGGCUGGACCGAAGGGUGAGGAGAAAAAGGCAGAAAAAACAGCAUUUGACGUCAAGUUUGAAAAGUUUGAUGCUGCUGCAAAGAUCAAGGUGAUUAAGGAGGUCAGAACAUUUACCAACCUGGGUUUGAAAGAGGCCAAAGAUCUCGUUGAAAAAUUACCUGUUGUGCUCAAACAAGGGGUCACUAAAGAAGAGGCAAAUGACAUGAUAGAAAAGAUUAAAGCUGCUGGAGGAGUAGCAGUUAUGGAGUAGGAUUUUUUGAAGCAAAGAAAACUGAACUAAACUCUGUAGGUUGAGGCAAAUAAAUUACAAUUUGAUAUUGUUUUGAGAAUUUUCCUGUAGGUAGAUAUUGUUAGAGCUUACUGCUUGUAUUUUUGACAGUUAAAAUUGCAGUUUGUCCUGGAGGUCAAUCUUUUUAAAGGGUUCUGUGAUGAACUCAAAAAUUAUAUCAGCCGGUUACCAGUUGUA